AUUGAGUCAGCACCAACGUUUUAUCAAAUCCAACGCUCCCGAUUCUGCCACGUGUUAGAUUCAUUCCCGAUAAAUUGAAAUUCUCGCGUGUAUGUUUAUCCUUACAGAGCUAUAAAUAUCGUUUCCGUUACCCGUCACUUUCUUCAAUUUCAUUCUCAUUCUCAUUCUCUGCUUUCAGAGUUUUUUUCUUUCUUACAUCAAUGGCGUUCAAAAAAACCCUUGCUCAACGUCUCUUCAACAUCACCAAAAUCUCGUCGCAAAAUCUCACGAAUUGUCGGAUUUCCUCUUCCUCCGUUCGUGGAGGCGCUUCAGCGGCGGCGACCGACUCCGACAUUUCUCCGGAGAAUGGAGACAGUGGGAUAUUCAGGAGGUUUAUUCACAAACGGACCGGGUUUGAACCGAAGCAAACCGGUAUGAAAUCAGAGCUUCGUGGGAAUCAGAUGAAUGGGAGAAACAUAGUGGAUAAGCUGAGAGAAAUGGACAUUGCUCGGAAUCGUAUUCGGUUGGGUGGUUUGAAGCCGCUACCGGAGAAUCCGGAAUUGGCUGGUGUUAGCGCCGGUGAUGUGAAGAAGUUGUUGAAAGUGGCGCAGAUGGAGUCGGUGAAAGCGAGGUUGAGGAGUUCUGAGAAAAGUUGCAUAACGGUUUCUGAGUUGGUUAGGAUCUGUUCUGAGUAUUGCUCUGAUCAUGAUCAAGCGGUUAAGAUUGCAAAGAUGCUGGAUGAUUCUGCGGCUGUGAUUAUUCUAGGAGAUACAGUUUUUCUUCAACCGGAGCAGGUUGCAAAAACAAUCCGAAGUCUGCUUCCUACACCAGGAUCAAAGGUACCGGAGUCGGUGAGAAAAGAAUACGAAGAAAUGGAGAAGAAGAAGCUGGCCAUUGACAACAAAGCUAACGACUUAGUUCGCCGCGAGCUCUGGGGAGGUUUGGGUUUCCUCAUUGUACAAACUGUGGGAUUCAUGAGACUCACAUUUUGGGAGCUUACUUGGGAUGUAAUGGAACCAAUUUGCUUUUAUUUAACAUCCAUGUACUUCAUGGCUGGUUACACAUUCUUUCUCAGGACCGCGAGAGAGCCGUCGUUUGAAGGCUUCUAUGAAGCCCGUUUCAGCUCGAAGCAGAAGCGUCUUAUCAAGCUUUACAAUUUUGACAUUGAAAGGUACAAUAAGCUUAAGGAUGUUUGUUCUCCAACCAUUCCUCCAAUGUUUGAUUCAUCCAUUGCUCUCACAGUUGGGAAUACUUCACAGAAUCAUUGAUAAAGAAGAGUUAAUUGGCCUAAAACAAAAAUAAAGAUGUAGAAUGUUACAUGGCCUUAGCUACUUGUUCUUGUUCAUUGACUUUAGAAUACAGCAAAUAGUUGCCCUCGUGGGACAACAAUUUUUGGGGUUUUUAUUAACUGAAUUUUGGGUUUAAAUUUUCUAACAUUUUGUAUUAUUAGAUGUGAUCAUUAAGAUACAUGCUAACUGUGUGUUAGAAUUAGAUGCGGCUUUGUGUAAAA